AUGCGACACGACGAUCGCGCCUACGGACAACCCAUCAUUGGCGAGGAAUCCGAUCUGAUGAUGCUGCAGACCCCGGCGGCGACAGCCAAAGUGCGCAAGGAAGCGGAGAGCAUAUUCAGCCAGUCGACUCGCUUCAGAGGUCUCGGAAAACACCGCGAGCUUCAGUUUGGCAUCAUUGCCAAGGACAUCUAUACCCACCAGGAGCCUGCAAGGCUCACGGAGAAGCCCGAGCUGAUCCUCAAGACGGAGAACCUGGUGUGCCAGCUCUACAAUGACGGUGUUGGCGCUCAUGACGACCCGGAAAGACUGGAAAGCUCGCUUGCCGACAUCACCUACAAGCUGAUACGGGUAUGGACCGACUAUGUCGAAGAGCUGCCCCCUCCUGAGGGCGAGGACCUGGCCACCAUUGGCCCCGGAGAGGACGCAGAUCCGUUCGAAAAGGCAGCCUACGUUGCGCACUUGAUUCUUCGCAUGCACCACACGCGGUUUGACACGAAGCUCGAGGACGAGCGGGCGUCGCCUUUGCCAGAGAUCCUCUUCGACUGGAUGCAGUCCAGCCACAAUCUGUAUCCCGACCAGGUGCGAGAAAUCUCCAGAUACAAGCCGAGCCCGGCAUGCCACAGCCUGUACUGGCAGACGUUGAGAAAUGCGCUGCUACGUGGUGACGUGAACGGAGCGAAGCAACUCCUCAGGAAUGCUGGCUGGGAACAUGUUCGCCGUGGACCGACGGGAGGUCCGACAUACACCGGCAAGGCCCUCGAAAAUGUACGAAGGUUUGCAGAGGCGACGUGCGAGAUGCUCGACCAGUGCCCCGGAGCUCGGAAUGAUUGGGAUAUCCUAAGUAGUAGCUGGACCCUGUUCCGAGUCCAGGCUCGGGGCUCCUUGGACCGACUUACUUUGUUUGCCGAGGGCAAAGACACGAGCCUUCUCGAUUCCAUCAACAGUGACAUGUCCAUAUCGGCAAUGGCCAAGAAGGCAUCGAGCCAGAUUCCCUGGGACAUCUACGAAAACCUACAAACGAUAUACGACAUUGUACUAGGCCAGACCGAAGCCAUUCUGGAGACGGCGCAGGACUGGUGCGAGGCGACGAUUGGUCUAUUUGGUUGGUGGGAUGAAGGCGUUCAACGCCCGAAGAGCCUGAUGCAGUCCCAGUUCGGCAUGUCGCCGAGCAGCUUCACGGACUCUGAGGACUAUUUCGAUCGGCUUGCGAACGUGUUCAACAUCGUGAUUCAGUCUGGGCUAAGUCCCAACACGAUGAACCCCGUCGAGGUUGCCCUUGCAUCCUGCUUUGAAGGCAACGUCAACGCCGUCAUUGGAUGCCUGAGGACCUGGUCUCUCCCCGUGGCUUGCGCAGUAGCCGAGAUUGCUUCGCUGGGCGGAUGGCUCCCCCCGCCAGAGUCCGUGAAGCCGAUGCCGGCCGACAGUCUGGAUAUGGACGAUCUGAUGCUCCUCGGAGUAGAACAGCCCAACACCGACGACGUGGAGGGAAUCAAGGACACGACCCUCGUCAUCUACGCGCGAGAGCUGGCCGGCAUUGAACACCUGUCGCCGCAGCGAGACGGCUGGGAGAUGGCCAUUCAGGUGCUGGGGCGGAUGGACGUGGCUGAAAAGUCAGAAGAGACCGUCGGCGAACUGUUGAGAGACCUUCUGGAAACGCUGGACGAGACGUCUAGCACGACAGUGGACAAGAUGUGGAGGAUCUUGAGCGACCUGGGGAUGAUGAAUUAUGCUGAAGAGACAGCGGAGACAUUUGCAGAAAUCUUGGCCGAAAAGACUCACCGAUAUGGCGAAGCGAUUUGGUACUUUGCGCUUUCUCACCGCACCGACCGAGUACGCGAGGUUCUGAACCUUCUCAUGUCCUAUUCGCUCAUGCAGUCAACGGUAUACCCUGCUGAGAAGGAUCUCGAUGAUGACCUCAAGAGCAUGCUCCGAAACCGAUCAGAGACCCUGGAGGAACGGGCCAAGGUCGAUUUGGAAGCCGCCCAGCUGCUGGGCCGGAUGCUCAGUGGCUAUGCGACCCUGCGCAAGUUUUACGAGCUUCGGGACGAGAUUGGAAAGACUGAGGAGACAUCGCCCUCUCGUGCACUUUCCAUGAGGAAGCAGGCUGCGUUCGCGCUGGUGGCUGUCAUCUCUAGCUCAGGCGACAACAUCCGCGGCGGGCUUUACGACGAGUCCAGGGACGCUGUUGUCAGCGAGGACUUUCUGCUGGCCCUGCUCGGCGAAGCAACCGUCUUCAUCAACCAGACGCCUCCUGUCAUUUCCCUCGAGCAGCUCGACAUUCUUCUCAAGGCCAUUGAGGAUAUCCAGGCGGUCGGUUCUCGCGUGUACUCCACUUGUGAAGAGUUUUUCGACCUGGUGCUUGCCUCAGGGCAGGGUCUCAAGGGCUCUACGCCAGCGGAUCUCAUGAAGUCGACGGGUAGCCUUGGCGGCAGCACAUUCAUGAUGAGCGGCAGCUCGCUUCUGGCCAGCCACAUGCAAAAGUCGCUCACGGGUGGAGUCGGCAAGGUGACUCGGGGGUGGGAUUGGAGAAAAGGCUGGCUGGCCAAUACAAAGGGUGAGGACGUGAUCCGGAAGCUGAGGCUGGGCCUCGCCAAGGACCUGGCGGCGCUUUGGCUGGAUGAUGCAGACGGAGUUGCCAUUUACUAG